UGCAUUGUUGCAUUAUCAAGUAUGCGUGUCCACUGGUCAUUCCUCCUGUCAAUCCUUACUCUCGCCGUUCUCUUUUCGGAGACUCCAACUGUCGCGCUAGCGGAGACUGAGGUGGAGGGACAAGAUGGGGAGGAGGACCCUGAUGAUGCUGACGAGCUGUUCGCAGAUUCUCCGGACGACUUGGAUGACGAGGGAGAGGACGAUGAGGAUGAUGAUGAUGAAGACCUUGGCGAAUCCCCUAUUGAGAAGGCCAAACGCGAGGAGGAGGAGGCUAAUGCGGUUGACCAGGAUUUAACUCCUACUCAAAGAAAAGACAGGAUGUCGGCGUGUUUGUCCGUCGCGAGGAUACACUUUAACCGUCAUGAAGCAGAUCUGAAGGAUACCAUCGACCAGAUCAUGAACCAGCACGGUGUCCAAGCCGAUCAGGCUAUGCAGUUCAUACAGAUGGGGAUGAUCCGGAAUUGCUAUUUUUAUAUCACCCCAGAACUGAUGCGUGAUUACCAGUCGUCCCCUGCGAAGUUUUUGGAGGAUGAUGCGAAAAUAACCGCCAUGCUCAACACCGAAACCUCCAGCGGACCUAGCGGUCAAAUGUCUUCUGAACAGUACGGACUUUUAGAGGAGAUCCUCAGGGGCGAAGCAAGCAGUGGAGGAGCUGUGGGCCUUCCCGGCGAUUCGAUGACUAGUCUGCAGAAGGCCGUGUAUAUGCUUGGCGUAUUUGCUGCUUUCUUCGGUAUCGCCGCAUAUGCAACGAAAAGACUCAUACAGCAAGAGGAAGGACCCUCCAAAAAGAAGUCUCACACUUCUAAGAGUUUGAAACACGAGAAGAAGAUGGAAGCUCGUGCUGCAAAGAAGACCAAGGCGAACUGAGUCUCUUUCACCCACAUCUAGUGAAAAAUAUUCGCCUUGGAUUGUUUUCU